CGGUUCUUUCAACCCUCUCUUUUCCUCACGGUCAAGAUGCAAUGGAUCCUCUCCCUUCUCGAGUUCCUGCUGUCUGGUCUCAUUGUCUCCGCUUGGACCAGUGAAGAACCCAUCGACAGUCAGUAUGCCCGACUCGGGGCCGCCACCGUAGUCUUGACUUGCCCGGUUCCUGAAGGUGGAUCCCGGGUGGCAUGGAAAACCCACAUGACCUCGGAGACCGUUUUGAACAGGGUGCAAAAAGACGGCAGCCUCGUCUUGCAGAAUGCCAGUUUGGCCCAUGAAGGGGAAUACAGCUGCCAGGAUGCCAGCACUGGGCAGACUCUGCGAAGGAUUCACCUCCAGCUGGGCUAUCCUCCCGAGAAACCAUCGAUCCAUUGCAGGUCCAUCAGCUACCCGGUGGUCAAUUGCUCCUGGACUUUGGAAACUGACACCCAUCUGCCCACGUCUUUCUUUGCCAGCUACAGGCACGGCUUAAUGGGAGAAGUCCAUCAGUGCAAACAACCCAGUGCAGGGAGCCACCGUUGCAGUUUGACCGUCAUGCAGAUGUUCUCUACCGAUCCCUACAUACUCAACGUGACAGCCGUGAAUCCACUGGGGACAGCGAGUGACUUCUUUCUAGUCUUCCUGGAUCAGAUCAUCCAGCCAGACCCUCCAGAAAACGUAACGGUCUCCGCGAUCCAAGGGAAGAAAAAAACAUUGCUUGUACAAUGGAAGGCUCCUAGUUCCUGGUUAUAUCCUGAAUAUUUUCCCCUGCAAUAUGUCAUCCGUUAUUCGAGGGAUGGAUCAAGGCUUAACAAAACGACCAACCCUAUCCAGCAGACUUCCUUUACCCUCACUGGAAUCCGUUCUGGCGUAACCUACCACAUCCAAGUAGCCGCGAAAGACUUCCUGGACAAUGGGGAAUACAGCGCCUGGAGUCUUCCGGCCUCUGGGGCAUCCUGGGAGCCAAAGUAAGGGCCACAGAGGAUGGACUUUGUAAUACCUGAAACAUGGUUUUUGUAAUACUGCUGCACUGGCUAAUUAAUUAAUGCUUUUUCAAUUGUAUUGCUAAUAAAAGUAAAGGUGAAGGUUCCCUUCGCACAUACAUGCUAGUCGUUCCCGAUUCUAGGGGGCAGUGCUCAUCUCCUUUUCAAAGCCGAAGAGCCAGCGUUGUCCGAAGUCAUUUCCAUGGUCAUGUGGCCGGCAUGACUCAAUGCCAAAGGCGCAUGGAACGCUGUUACCUUCCCACGAAAGGUGGUCCCUAUUUUUCUACUUGCAUUUUUUUACGUGCUUUCGAACUGCUAGAUUGGCAGAAGCUGGGACAAGUAACGGGAGCUCACCCC